UGGCAGCAAACCACGCCGCGCACAAUUUAGCCACGGGCUCGCAACACAGGACCGCCAGCGCGAGCGACGGACACGAUGGUCUUGUACUUCACCAGCAACGUCGUCGCGCCGUCGGCCUUUAUCUACGUCGGCAAGGAUAAGGUCGAAAAUGAGGAGCUGAUCAAGUAUGGCUGGGAGGAGGACGUUUGGUUCCACGUCGACAAUCUGUCUAGCGCGCAUAUCUACGUCCGCCUGCGGGACGGCGAGUCCUGGGACGAUAUUGACCAGGCCCUGCUUUGGGAUUGCGCGCAGUUGACCAAGGCGAACUCGAUCGAGGGCAACAAGAAGGACAACGUCACUAUUAUCUACACGCCAUGGUCUAACCUCAAGAAAGACGGCAGCAUGGCUGUCGGUCAGGUUGGAUUCCAUAACCAGAAGAAGGUCAAGAAGAUCCUUGUUCCCCAGCGCGAAAACCCCAUCAUCAACCGUCUGAACAAGACCAAGGUCGAGAAGUACCCGGACCUUCGCCAGGAGCGUGAGGACAGGCAGAAGGAGCUGCGGCGCAAGGACCGCGCUGCGGUGCAGGAGCGGAAAAAGGAAGAAGCUCGCGUGGCCAAGGAGCGCAAGGAGAAGGCUUGGCAGAGAGACCAUGCGUACGACGAUGUCCACAGCGAGGAUCUUGUGGCAAUGUCGAACAAUCAGGACAGGGAUGAGGACUUCUUGGAUGAUUUUAUGUAGCGUGUGUCGGCCUGGACCAUGCCAGUAACUUGCCACGGCGGUGCUCGGCAGGGUCUUUUUACUUCUUCAUACUCGUAAUGGCGAUUGUUGACCAAUUCCGCUUA